CGGUACUUCAUACGGCACUUACACGGCGACAGCACCGCACGCAUCCACUUUCCAACAAUUAAAAGUGAAUAAUAAAAUUCGAUGACCGUACAUAAAUUGUGAUUUAAAUAUUUAUAUAUUAUAAUAUAGUUUACAUUCGAAUUUUAAAUACCAGUGCAACGAGUUUUAGUUAAUUAAUGGUUGAUAUUUUAUUAAUUUUCAACAAACAUUCGUAAAUAUGAAGAAAUUACUCUUUCUUAUAUUAAUCAGCUGCGGUGUUGCGCUAUCAACUAAGCAAUGUUGUCCAAAUGGUGAGAUUUUGUUACCCAGAGGCCACUGCGGCGCAGACCAUAUGGUAUCACUGAAUUGCCAGGAGGGAAGAAUGCUGCUCAGAGACAUUAUCCUUAAUGGAGAUAAGGUUUCCACAGUGGACACACCCAAUUUUGUGUUCGUCGAAGACCCAGAACAGUAUUGUAUUGGCACAAUGUACCGCGACGUUGAGAAUCAUGACAAUGGAACCAUCCCAGUGGCCGUUGUGUGUUUCGAGAAGAUCCCAAAAACAGGCAAGGACUUCGAGGUCAGCGGUAUCCUGACACUUAUAUCUGUGGUGUUCCUCUUAGCCACUGUUCUAGUUUACAGCUACCUUCCACGACUGAGAGAUCUCCAAGGAUUAUGCUACAUGUGUAUGUGUAUCAGCAUGGCAUUUGGGUUCCUUAUGUUGGGGACAUUGCAGCUCAGCCGAUGGUACGACGGCGAUCUAUGCACCACUACUGCUUUCCUCAUAUACACAUGGAUGAUGGCCACAUUCUUCUGGAUGAAUGUCAUCUGCGUGAACGUAUAUCGCACUGUCAAGGAUCCCAGUUACUUAAAGAAGACGGAGAGGAAACAAUACUUUUGGUACAGCUGCUACGCAUGGGGCGGCACCAUACUCUUCUUGCUGGUAUCCGUUAUAACAAAUUUCGUCGAGGGCGACCAUUGGAAACCAGGAUUCAGUCGGAGCAGCUGUUGGUUCGCCGGACGAACAGAAACUUGGAUAUUCUUCUACGGACCUAUCGCCGUUCUCAUUACUGCCAAUAUAGUUUUGUUCCUACUAUCAUCCUAUACUUUAUGGCGGCACAAUAAUAAAUAUGAGGCGAACAAGUUAAAUAUACUUAAGCACAAGUUUUUGCUGUCACUCAAGUUAUUCCUUGUUAUGGGUGUAUCAUGGAUAUUCGAGAUAGUCAGUUUUGCCCAUGGCGAAGAACACGUGUUAUGGAAAAUCACGGAUACGUUCAAUUGUCUUCAAGGUUUUAUAAUAUUCGUGCUAUUGGUUGUAUUGAGACGGAGGGCUAUUCGCGGACUUGCCAGUGAAAACUGCUUUGUGUUUAUUACUCGCCCACUGGCUGAAAAACUAAGUCCCAACGACGAUGAGGAUGACCAGCACAUACUCGCCGACGACACGGUGGAAGUCAGGCUUAAUUGAUAGCCAGCCGAUUGUUGUAUUUUCUUAAUAUAAGGCUAGCAUGUAAAUUACAGGUAUCGAACACCAAAAAAGAAUCUCGAAUUUAUUUAUAAUUAUGUACUUGUAAUUAAUUCUUAAUUUAAGAAUACUAUCAUCACCAAUACCUACUCCCGUUAUAAAAAAAAAUGUGUGUGAUACGGAUUAAGGCCCACGUAGACGAAGUAACUUUUAUACAAGAAAAAAAUAUCUUUAUGUUAAUAGUUUGUUGGAUCAAAUGUGUAUUGCAAGUUAUUUUAGAGUUUUUAUCAUGAUAGUACUAAAAUAUAUACUUAUCCUGGAUUGUCUUUCGGUGGCGUUAAAAGCGUGGUAACAUAAGGCAAACAUAAAGAGAAAUUUUAUAGGAAAAAUAUUCGUCGUCCACAGAAGUCACUAAAUUUGCAUGAAUUAUAUUUUUAUAUUUCAAAUAUACAAUUCUAUUUGUAUAAUGAAUGUGCCAUAAGACUAGUUUUUAAUUAAAAUUAGUUUAAUGUGAUAUUAAUAAUGUGUAAAUCAAACAUUACAAUAUAUCAAUAUUAAAACGUUGUUUUUGUAAAAAACUUCGUAUGGGUAUGGCAGGGUAUUUGUAUGUCUAUGUAUAUCAUCAAAAUAGAUAACAAUUGUAUUGUAUAUACAAUAAUAUACACAUUCCAUGAAUAGUUUUGUUAUCUGUUUUGUAUUUAAUAGAGGUAAUGAGUAAGGGAUGGAAUGGUACACAAUAGUUCAUUUUUAUCUUAAUGGCUAGUUUCCGGCUUCAAAUAUUUGGGACACAGUCAAUGUAGUGUUUAUGGUAGUGAAACUAAAUUAAUGUGAAAAAAGAAAUAUAAUUUCAAUACUCGCUUAAUAGGUACUGAUAUGACAGACUGCAAUAUACGUAAUGUAAAUUCAAUUAAAACCCAAUAUAAGUUUAUUUUUCUCUUUUUAAAAAAAAUCAUAAUUUAUGUAAUGAUAUUUAAAUUAAAAUAUGUACUAAACAUUCCGUUAUGUGAAAAAGUAACGUUUACCGAAUGUAAAUAUUAGAAUAACAAUAAUAAUUUUAAAUAAUAUUGUUUUGUAUGUUCCUAUAAGCGAUUAAAGGCUACACACAAAGCAUGUAUUAAAAUGAUAGAAAAUUA